AUGACAACUAAUUAUUUAGCAUAUACAUAUAAAAGUAGUGGAAAAGUCCAUUUAUAUGAUAUACAACAGAAUACAGCCGUUGAAUUAGCAGAAGUAAGUCAUACGUUUCAAUUUUAUCUGCAGUAUUUAAUAGCAUAUGUUUUUUUAAAGACAAAAGCUCAAUGGUGUUCAUUUAGUUUAUCGGGCAAAUUAUUAGCUAUAUCAAAUAAAGAUGGCUAUUGUAAUAUUUGGGAUACCAAGUUUGGAAAAAUAACUCACAAUUUCAAUAGUGUUGAUUCGUCAUCAAUUGAAUGUAUCUGUUGGUCUCAAGAUAGUUACUUGGCAUGUGGUACAAUAUCCGGAAAUGUUUUCUUAUAUAAUACAGUUACAAAACAACUAUUCGCCGCGUUCACACAUAAACAAGGAACAACAGAUAAAUUAUCCGCUAUAACAUCGAUUAAAUGGUCUCCGCAUAAAGAUCUGAUCGCCACAACAUCAACAAAUGGUAUUUUAUCAUUAUGGAAUUAUCGUCUCAAAGAAUGCAUAAUCAAAAUAACAACACACAAAGCCCCAGCUACCGAUCUUGUAUUUUCACCCACUCACGAUUCAUUCAUGGUUGUUAGUGGAAUGGAUACAUCAGUAGCGUGUAUCGAUGUACAAACACAAAAGUUAUUAUCAUCCAUUCCGUUGAAUGCUCCAUUAACAUCGGUCGAUUUUCAUAGAGAAGGCUCAAUUAUUGCUUGUGGCACAUUAGGACAUGGUACCUACAUUUUAGAUCUAAGAGAUAUGCGAAAAAUAAUGAAUACAUUAGUGAAUGAUCAACAUAAGAACGUUUAUGCAGUCAAAUCAAAAACUACCACACCAGUCCUAGACACAACAGCACAACAACAAGAAAAAAAUCUGAGUACUUUUGGCUCAUUAGCUCAAAAACGCACAAGACACACAUCAUCAUCAUCUGUUUCAACACCAACAACAGAAACAGCACCGACUUUACCGGUUCAACGCACAACACAGCAUUACGCUACACAACCACGAGCAACACGUUCAACAUCCCAAAUUUAUCGAAAUGGUGGAAGUAUAUCGAAUGCGAAUAGUAGCACGAUAAAUGAUACUCAAGAUGGACGAGCGAAAAAUACAGAAAAAAUACAACCAAAUCAUCUAAAUGAAUCUAGUUCUAUUAGUAAAUCUAAUUCAACAAUUUCAAUAAAAAACAGUUCGAUGAACUUUAGUGAUUUUCUUCAAAUAUGUGGUGUUUCAUCUGGUCCACAACAGGUCACAAAUGGUCAUUGUAUGUCUUCCACUGACACAGUAACUCCAACAAUGGUAACAAUAGGUAACAAUGACGAGCAACAUGAUUUAAGGCAAUUAUUAGAAAAAUAUGCCAAUGAUAUUAAAGAGGAAAUGAGAGAAGAAAUUGAAAAACAAAAAUUAGCAAAUCAAACAUUUUAUUUUGUUGAAUUACAGAAACUCAGGUAUGAGAUGCGUGAUUUAUUUGAAUCUUAUUCAUUAAACCAAGAACUUGUCGAUGAAUUAGAACGUUUACGCGCAGAAAAUAAACGUUUAAGAAAAUUACAGCCAAAAUAA